UGGAUACCACCCACCAGCGCUGGCCGCGCAUGAGCACUGGAUCAUGGAGCACGAGGCGGGAAUCAGUUGCUCCAAAAAAUAAUAGCAAAGCCGAUCGAGGCAUAUAGGUUCAGUAGGAAUUUUAGGAGUAAUUCCUUUUCCUUCUCCCUCUCUCUCUCUUUAUUUCUGUCCUAGCUGUUGGCAUUCAGAUAUUGUGGAACAUCAAACACGAUGUACCUGUACGUAGGCAUAGCAGUAGCCCUCACGGCGCUGGGCUACUUCGUACAGCAUAGGCGUCGCAAGCGCGAUGAAUUCAAGAAAACUACCAAGAGCGAGUUUGCCGAUCGCGGAACGCGCUGGAGCAAAGACCAGCACGAGUUCUAUGUGGAGCGCUUCUACGAGACUGGCCUAACGGGCACGCACGAUUUCCACGGUGGCAUGUUGAACUUCGGCUUUUGGACGAAUGGUAACAAGGACUACAUCAAGGCGGGACACGAGCUACUGUCACAGGUUGCUGAUCCGGUGAAGCUGAACGGGGAGAGCACCCUACUGGACGUGGCCAAUGGCAUGGGCGCUCAGGAUGUGUUCUUCAUGAAGAAGUACAGCCCAGCGCACAUCGACAUGAUCGACCUGACGCUGAGCCACCACCUGAUUGCCAAGAAGCGCAUGCAGGACAACAACUUGCAGGACCGCGUGACCGCACACUACGGUAGCGCCGUGGACUUGCCCUUCGAGGACAACAAGUUCUCUCACGUCUUCUCGGUCGAGGGUGGCGCUCACUUCCCCACACGCGAAAAGUUCUUCGGCGAGGCUCUCCGCGUGCUGAAGCCCGGCGGAUGGAUGUCACUCGCCGACUAUGCUAUGCCCAAGCGUCCCACCGGUAUGUUCGAGAACAUGUUUGCGCGCCUGUGCGCCAAGCUGUGGAACGCUCCCCUGGAGAACUGGUACGGCUGCGAGGACUUCAAAACGCGCAUGGAAGCUGCAGGGUUCGUGGACGUGGUGGUCAAGGACGUUGGAGAGUACACCAUACCUGGCUACUACGAGGAGUCGGUGCGGCCGGAAAUCCUGGCGCAGUUGAGCAAGAUCCGCGGCUGGUUCACCACCUACGUUGCGUGCCGCGUCCUGGACGAGCUCAUCCUGUACGUCUACAAGAAGAACAUUCUCACGUACGUCAUCGCGUACGGCCGAAAGCCGUAGUCAGCACCGGAACUUGUUCCGUUGCAAGUCUAGAGCCGAAUCCUAUAGCUUGGCUUCUGUCACAUUCUAUUCCUCACACGACUGCUAUCUUCCAUCGCGAACAGCAUGUCGGCUGUAUUGCAGUCAUGUACUAAUGGGACCUGGAGACUCACGGUGAACAGUUCUCAAGAUGAUCGCCACAUAGUCUCUUAUCUUCACGUUUCCGUCACUUCUCGUUUGUCACUUCUGAUCUCAUCUCAUCUCAGUCUGCCUUUUCUUCAAACUCACAUUCUUGCAUCAUUUUAUUGUUCUACUGUAUUGGUCAAAUCUAUUAUUCUGUUUACGUCGUGAUGCAAAUGGAUCAUUAGUCCGACCCAUCAUACUUUCUUCUCCAUGUACAUAUAUGGUGCGCGCUCGUAUUUGGUUGAAUUAGCCAUCAGGGCAUUAUGAAUGAAGGUUGAGCCAGUAGCAUUGGGCCAUGUUCUAGACUACUUCAGUGAAAUACAUGCACUUUUUUACUUUUCCUGUCUUUUAUGACACCUUCUCCGUUGGGGUGUCAUCUUAAUUUAAUAUUGCUGAGUUUUGGUAAUGGGCACAAGUGCUCUUGAGGUCGGGGAAGUCCAAGUGCAUUUCAUUUUACUCA